CUUUAGUUGUUUGUUUUGAUGUAGCUGACCUCCAAAAUGGAAGCGGUAUAAUGGGGGGCAUGCUGAACGGGGGCCAGACGAAUAACUGCACAGGAUUGUCCAGAUUCUUUUGGGAUGGGACGGGAGUGAAAAUUGCUGGUGACACCCUCGAUCUUGCGAGAGGAGAGGCGCACACGAAUUUUGGUGAGGAUGUUUUUGCUUAUUAAGUGACCUUAAGCUUUUUUUUUUAACUUUAAUUUUAGACUCUGAGGAGACAAGCUCGUCCACCGCGUUUGCCUGAAAAAACAUAUGGAAUAUUUUGGGGCGCUCGCUUCCCUUUUAGCACUUAUUUUGGAAUCCAAGCGGAAGUGCGUCGUAAGUGUAGCUUGACGGUCGCAGCGGGGUUUGACGGACUGCGUCUCUCCUCGCGUUACGUUUUUGUUUUUCUCUCAACUUUACACCCGACAUUUUCAUCCGCCAUCAUGAGCCGCAUCGGGAUGGAUAUUUGAAAAAGAGGAGGAGGGGGGGGAGGACAAGGAGGAGAAGAUGCCUCAUGGAUCGUUCCAUCACGUCCUGAGAUGAGACCCAUGCCCAGGUUCGGCGUCAGGUGGCUGCUCGCCACCGUGCUGAUGCUGCUGCUCGGUGGCACAUUCUUCUUCUGCGAGUAUCUCAUCUACUUCCCCGCCAUCCUCAAGUGCGCCUGGCCCCGCGUGGAGCAUGCGCGCGGUGGCGGGGGGAACGGCAUCGACGGUGGGCCGCCGGACGCACCGCCGGUCCGCGCCAUGGUGCUGUCAGACACGCAUCUCCUGGGGGCCGUCGGCGGCCACUGGUUUGACAAGCUCAGGAGAGAAUGGCAGAUGGAGCGCGCGUUCCAGACUGCUCUGUGGCUCCUCAGGCCUGAGGUGGUCUUCAUUCUGGGGGACAUCUUCGAUGAAGGCAAGUGGAGCUCGAAGAAGCAUUGGGAGGACGACGUGCGGCGCUUCCACAGGAUGUUCCGCCACUCCGGGGACACGGAGCUGGUGGUCCUGGUCGGGAAUCACGACAUUGGCUUCCAUUACGAGAUGGACUGGUUCAAAUUGCAGCGCUUCGAGAAAGUUUUCAACGCCUCUUCCACCAGGAUAGUCACCAGAAAUGGAGUCAACUUCUUGCUGGUGAACAGCGUGGCGCUGCACGGUGACGGUUGCCCCAUCUGCCAAUCGGUCGAGAAGGAGCUCAUCAGACUCUCCAAGGAGCUCAACUGUUCUCUGCAGGGUUCAGGGGUCGGCUGUGAGGGCACGCAGGUUUAUCCUCCCACACCACCCAUCAUGUUGCAGCACUACCCGCUCUACAGAGUGAGCGACGCAGGCUGCACGGGAACAGACGCGGCGCCGCCUGGUGAGCGCCACCUUCUAUUCAGGGAGAAGUACGACGUGCUGUCCAAGGAGGCGUCUCAGAAGCUGCUGCAGUGGUUCAAGCCCCGCCUCAUCCUGAGCGGCCACACCCACAGCGGCUGCGAGGUCCUCCACGAUAAUAAGUACCCGGAAGUCAGCGUGCCAUCCUUCAGCUGGAGGAACCGCAACAAUCCCAGCUUCAUCCUGGCGUCCGUGUCACCAGGCAGUUACGCGCUGUCAAAAUGUUUCUUGCCGGAGGAAAGCACAGUGAUCGGUGUGUACACCUCAACCGGCGGCUGCCUGCUGCUGCUCAUCCUGGCACAUUGCUUAUGGAUGAAGGGCCUGCUGCAGUGCCUCAGCCUUUGCCUGCUGGGGAAGCACAAGUCGCUGUAAAAACUACAUUACCCAGAAACCCCUGCAUACAGAAACUGGAAGGGAAGUGCGCAUCAGCCGCAGUUGACCCAGAAACGUUUUGACUGUGUCCCCCCCCCCCCCCAAAUUGCUUUGUUUCUUUUUAUGACACUUUGGAAGGACAUGAAUUGUUCAUUUUAAUAUUUUAAGUCAUUUUAAUGACUUUAAACUUGUGAUAUUUAUGUGUUUGUUGUCACUUGUGACCAAAAAACAGUUUUCAACAAACUGCCUUGUUUUGGGCAUUAAGAAACACCAUCUUACUUCUAUUAUUGUCGAUUUUAGGUGUCAAAUGUGCUUGGAUGAACCAUGUUAAUUCACUGUGAACUAAAAACUCACCCCUCAUCUCACAUUGUUGGUUUAUUGAGGGGGUUAGUGAUCUCGGAGGUUUAUAAUUGCACAUAUUUAUCAAAUAUUUGUGAGGGUUCUAGCAAAGUUGUUGACAUAUUUCCAAUUAACAACAAUAAAUUGCCAUGAUUAUCAUCCCAGUCGUGGAUGCAAACAUCUAAGAGAACUGUUUUCAAUGAUACGUGCCAAUGUUUUUAAAAAAAUGUAAAGCUAAGUCAAUCUUAAAGGACCCAAUCUAUGCACUUUUGUAAAUGUUAUCAACCCUCACUAAUUAACAUUGGUUUUGGAAAGACCCAUGACAAUUUAUGGUCGUAAUGUGUGCGUUUUUGUUGUUAGAAGACUGACCCGCCCCCCUGGUCUGGAAGGAACUUAAUGUAAACAAAACAUAUAUUUCUAUUUGGAAGUGAUAUUUUCUUCCUCAAGGGUCCGUCUAAAAUUUUCAUGAACAUAACGUGGCUUGAAAGAACCUAAUUUACUUGUAAAUAUCAAAAACUUAGUGUCCGCAAAGUUAAGACAAUUUUGCAUCUUCAGAGAUCAAGUUUUAUAAACAUCUGAGAGAACGACCAUGUCUUCAAAAUAUAAAAUGUUCAAAUAACAGAAUUUACUGCUGUAACACUUCAAAAAGUGUGUGUUUUUGUCAGCAUUGCUUCAUGUUGUUGUUUUUUUUCCCCAAAAACAAUGUAGUCAGUCAUGAGCAAUAAAAAUAUUGCUCACCAAUACCAAAACGUAAAAAUGGUUCGCAUGUUCAGUGAACAAAUGAAAACAAGUGUGGAUUCAGGACACGUGUUGUAAAGAAAAAAAAAUGUCUCUAAUGUGCCUCUUUAUUUAAAUAAAAAUAAAAAUAUCAUUUCAUCGUCA